AUGACAGAAGUGAUUCUGGAAGACCGCUCGCGGGACAUGUGUCCUAUUUGUAAGACAGAUAAGUAUUUGUCACCCAAUAUGAACUUUCUUAUUAAUCCAGAAUGUUAUCAUAAAAUGUGUGAAUCAUGUGUGGAUCGGAUCUUUUCUCUAGGACCUGCUCCAUGUCCCUAUCCUGGUUGUGGGAAGAUAUUGAGAAAGAAUCGGUUUAAACAGCAGGUAUUUGACGAUUUGCAGAUUGAACGAGAGAUUGAUAUACGUAAAAAGGUAUUAAGUGUGCAUAAUAAACUUCAAGAAGAUUUCGACCUGAUUUCUGAGCAUAAUAAAUACUUGGAAAUGAUAGAAAACCUUGUUUAUGGAAUAAGUAGUGGAGAUAAUGCUCAUGAUCUUGAAAUUGAGUUGGCCAAAUUUGAGCAAGAGAAUAAAGUUCAGAUUUUGGAACGUAACAUGAGAGAAUCUGAAAGGUCAAAUGAUAUGGCCAAAUUCCAAGAUGCAAUGGAAAGACUUAGACAAGAAAAGCUUAAGAUUGAAAGAAAGAUGGAAUUGGAAGAUGAAGAAUUUACUAAGCAACAAAAGCAAGAAUUAUUAAAUAAACUUGCCCACAGUAGCUUGAAUUCAGAUGAAUUGAUUCAACAACAAAUGAAUCAGGCAUUAAAGAGAAAAUCACAGCGGAAGAAAAUAUUACAAGAACUUCAAAGUGAAAUGGAAGAUAAAUUACGAACCUCCUUCUCUUCAGCAAAGGAAGAAGCUCCUAAAACCCCAUUCACUCCAUUUAAAGGUGAUCGUGACUUACAUAAAUUAUACAGGCUUCUUCCUAUACCGAUGGAUAUCGAUACAUUGAUGGCCGGUAAUAGUGAUCCAGACAGUUACUCUGACGCUAACUUGACGCUGUUAGCAAAAAAUAAGGAAUAUUUGGCUGCGGGAUGGAGGCUUCAUACUGCAGUUGAAAGGGUAAUGGACGAGACGUUUAUGGGUUUGGGUUGCAUAGUUGAUAAGGAAAAAAGUAUAUCAAUACAUUAG